AUGUGGUGGAUGGCAUGGCAACGGAAAACCUCGUCUGCACAGCUUCGCUGUUGCACCUUCUUUAUGUGCUUAAGCUUCUCACAAAUCGCCACCAGUGCAAAGCUUCCUUUACUUCGCCCUUGGAAUGUAAUAAUAAAUGUUUUGUGUUUAGUUGACAUCCGCUCGCUUACACUCAAACUUUCCCAUGCAUCAGCCACGGUUGAAGUUGUGUAUGUACAACGGGUUUGCGAAAUUUACCGCCUCGGUUACGAUUUAACGACUGUAGAGGAAUAA